AUGAAGGGCAGAGCUGGUGCACGGCCAGGCUUUGGAUGGGUUGCGGUUUGCCUUGUUCUCGCGUUGCCAAGGACCUGGGUCCCUUGCCAUCGCAAAGGCACCCGACUCACUGCAGCGGCUGCUGCGACAGACCAGAGUUCCAUCUCAGACAGCAAUCAGGAGGUGCAGAGAAGGUUUGCGAUUGGCGUCGAAAUGCUCAUGGAAUCAGCUGCCAACUUGAGCAGCCGCGGCCUCCACGAAAAGGCCUUGGGCGCUCUUGCUCCGGCGCGCACCUUGCUGGAUGCUGCGGGUUGCCCUGACGAUCUGGCUGCUGGCUACUUCAUCCAGCAUGGGGCUGCGUAUGCCAGCCUGCAGCGCUUCGGAGAAGCCUUGCAGGAAUAUGGCAAGGCACGCGCCAUCUUCAAGAAGCACGAUGACUUGCGAUGCGCUGAUGCGACGACAGUGUCGGCGAACAUGGCCAUCGCAGCUUCUGCCCUGCAAAGAUCCAGGGAUGCCAUGGUGUACUUCCAUGAGGCCUGCGAAGGCCUAGAGGCUAUGGGAGAUGGUGACCGUGUCAAGGCACAGAUCCUCACUGGCAUGGGCGCGGCCAGUGCUGGCUCCGGUUGCAUUGAGGAGGGCCUCUCCCACAUGAAGCAGGCAUGGAAGGCGUUGCUGCGGGCGGGUGACAGCGACACACUAGAGGCAGCUAUUCUUCUUCAUCAGAUGGGGUCGCUGCACUAUCAGCUGGCUCUCUACUCACAGGCUGUGAUGCACUUUGAUUUGGCACGAGAACGAUAUCAGGGCAACGCGCGCUUUCGGGAAAUGCUGCAAAUGUGGUAUAUGAGUGCAGCGACGACAUUCCGCGGUUGGCUUUGGGAUACCGAGCAAUCUUUGUACAAAUGA